ACCCAAUAAUUUUUAUUUUUGAGUUUGGGCAUAGAGGAGUUUUGGGUUUAACGAGAAAAAUACCCACCACUUACCGCCUGAACAAAGCUUGAUGCUCUUUCUUGUCAUCUUCUUCCUCUCAGCCGAUCCAGUAGCUCUAACUUAAUCUCCAUGAACUUGUAAUCUGAUUUUUCUCCGUCUCAGAAAUGGUAUGUGCAGGCCGAAUACUGUAUUUAUCUUGUUCAACGACGCCGUUUUCUCCAUCCACUUCGGCGUUUCCUACCUCAACAUAUAUCCUCCAUGGAAAUCGUAGAAAUAGAAUUACAUGCCGAUCCAUGGCCUCCGAUGCUGAUGCAUCUUCAUACGCUACUUCGUUAGAUUCUGAAUCCUCCGAUAAAAACGCCGCCGGGUUUUGUAUAAUUGAAGGACCUGAGACAGUAGAGGACUUUGCUAAAAUGGAGUUGCAGGAAAUUCGAGAUAAUAUUAGAAGUAGGAGAAACAAGAUAUUUUUGCAUAUGGAGGAGGUACGCCGGCUAAGAAUACAACAAAGGAUAAAGAGUGCUGAGCUUGGGAUACUAACGGACGCACAAGAAAAUGAGCUUCCUAAUUUCCCAUCAUUUAUUCCCUUUUUGCCUCCUCUUACAUCAGCAAAUCUAAAGCAAUAUUAUGCUACUUGUUUAUCCCUCAUUGCUGGAUUUAUGCUUUUUGGUGGACUUCUAGCACCCAGUUUGGAGUUAAAAUUGGGACUAGGAGGCACAUCAUAUGCCGAUUUUAUUGGAAGCAUGCAUCUACCAAUGCAACUGAGUCAGGUUGAUCCAAUUGUGGCAUCAUUUUCUGGGGGUGCAGUUGGGGUGAUCUCUGCUUUGAUGGUUGUUGAAAUCAAUAAUGUGAAACAGCAGGAGCAUAAGAGAUGCAAGUACUGUCUUGGAACAGGAUAUCUUGCUUGUGCUCGAUGCUCCAACACUGGAUCUCUUGUUCUUAUCGAGCCUGUUUCAACAAUGUAUGGUGCAGACAAGCCUCUGUCACCACCUAAAACAGAGAGGUGUUCCAACUGUUCAGGUUCAGGAAAGGUCAUGUGCCCUACGUGUCUUUGUACUGGGAUGGCUAUGGCAAGUGAACACGACCCACGAAUUGAUCCAUUUGAUUAAAUAGAAUAUAGAUUUCCUUUACUGGAACUCUUAAUAUUGAAUAUGUAAAGUUUAGAUGAAGCGUCACCGCUAAAUGAACAACACCUAUUUUAUAAGAG